GGAGGGUAUCCAGUUAGGUCCUGGCUGUAGUAGGUGGCUAGCAAACUUCGGAGCGUCAGGGAUCUUGAGAAUUAGAUUAUUUUUCACAAGCAUUUCGAACGAUGUCACAGCCUCCUCCUAAACCCUGGGAGAGACGGAUUCCUGGGGCAGUUAAUGCACCUCUGCACUAUCGUACCACAGACUUUGGGUAUGGAUCUACGCCAAUCGGUCCGUCCACUUCAGUCCCCCCUGGUCUGACACGGGUCGCACCUCCGUUGCCGCCAAGACCCGUCCAGCAGUCCUACCGCCCGAACUUCGGCUCCUAUCCAUCAUCUUACGGCCACUAUGGUACCUCAAUGUAUGGUGGCUACAGUCCAUACGGCUAUGGAGGGUAUGGAAUGGGUGGAGGUGCUCUGGGUUACAGUCGCUUUGGGACGGAGGAGACACAGCCUAGCCGCUUCGUCCAACAGGCGGAGGAAAGUAGCCGCAGGGCCUUUCAGUCGAUCGAGAGCAUAGUCCAGGCAUUCUCAUCUGUGAGUAUGAUGAUGGACGCCACUUUUUCAGCUGUAUACAACAGUUUCCGUGCCGUACUGGAUGUAGCCAACCACUUUUCCCGACUGCGAGCACACUUUGCCAAAGUACUGUCAGCCUUUGCGCUGGUGCGCACGUUGCGCUACUUGUACCGUCGACUACAGCGGCUUCUAGGACUACGCCGCGACGCAGAGGUGGAGGAUCUUUGGGCCGACAGUGAGGCCACAGCUACUAUUGCCCUUUCAUCAGGCGGGGCGAGGAGUGAUCCUCGGGGCGACUCAGUGAAGUCUUGGCCCAUCUUCCUGUUCUUUGCAGUGGUCCUGGGAGGCCCUUACCUGAUCUGGAGGCUUCUGCGGUCUGCCGAGGGGACAGAGGAAACAGCCACCAACUGGGCGAGUGGAGAGGAUGACCAUGUUGUGGCCCGAGCAGAGUUUGACUUCACAGCUGCCUCUGAGGAGGAGCUCUCCUUUCAGACUGGAGACAUGCUCAACCUUGCACCCAAAGAGCAACAGCCUCGAGUUCGCGGCUGGUUGUUGGCCAGCGUGGACGGCCAGACCACAGGCCUGGUCCCUGCCAACUACGUGAAGGUCCUUGGCAAGAGGAGGGGUAGGAGGCAUGCGGAGCUGGAGAGGCUGGCACAGCAGCAACAGCAGGCCCCCCAGCCAGGCCUGGCCUCUGCCUCUGGCACCAGCCCUGCCACGGUGCUGCCUCAAAGUUGCCCGGAAGAGAUGUUGGAGUCGGUGUUCCGGGAAACGCCGGCUCCGUGUGCCCCGGCCUCAAUAGUCAUGACGUCAGAAAAGAUGGAUCUGCUGUAGGGACGCGUGUGCUUAGUGUGCGGAAUGCACUAAUAGAAUGUAUCGGAAGCCCUGUGUGUGGUUUCACUUCAUUCCCUGUCGCCAGAUCAGGUGACUUGUGUUCCCGUGUCCAUGUCCCAGGAGUGGGAGUGGAGAAUCCAACUGUAUGUGGCUGCACUGCAACUUAGUUAGGCCCUUCACUGAUGCUGGUACAUCACACGGUCCCACAACCAUGCUUUAAUGCCCAGUGAGCAUUUUCAACAGAAAUAAAUAUGUGGAUUCAACGAUUCAACAACAAUUCUGUCAUGCGGUUAGCUUCAUGUUCAAUUUUAUCACCGGAGAUUUGUGUACAAAAGAGGGAACGUUUGUCGUUUUAAAUUCGGAUUUGAUUAACAUUACUGUCAUGAUAUUGUGGAAGCAUACACUUAGUCGGAUCAAAGCCAUAACAUGUCAAAUCAUUAUGUGCCCUCAUAACACGUGUUCAGUUAUUGGGUAUGUUGGUUCUUUUUGCUUGUUAUGAAAUAGUUGAAAACAUCAUUAACAUGAACCCCUUGUCAUGAAUCAGGAAUGUUCCAAGAAUUCCAUUGUUAAUACUCCAACAGCCAUAGAUAUUAUAAAGCUUUACAAUAUCUAUGGCAACAGCCUCAUGGUGUGUACUCUAUAGAUAUUCCAGGGGCAUACAAAUGAACCACAUUAUGUGUACCGGUUUAGACGGAUGGCUUUUCUUGCUAACCCAUUUGAGUGUGUGACAUAUGAGUAAAACUGUUCUGUGCAUUUACAUAUUUUGAAUCCUUCCUAAAAAUAUGCACUUUUUCUGCGGUUAUUUAAUUUGUGCUUGUUAAUUCUCCUGGACACAUUUACAACUAUGUAAUUAUGUAAAUAUUAGUCAUUAUUUUGGGAAUAAAAAUGUCCAUAAACUGUC